GGUCCUGUUCCUUAUCAUUUAUUUUUUAACCCGAGAUGAACUUAACCUAAAAAUGAAUGUCAAAACAAACCAAGAUAAGUUUUGGAGAGACGAUGUUGAAGACACGCAAUUUUUACGCACUGAAACGGGUUUUUUCCACUCAAAAAGCGAACAACCCUCAAAUAUGCAUAGUCGGGGCCGGGCCGGCCGGAUUCUAUGCGGCCCAGCACUUUGUUAAAAAAUUGGGACAUGCCCAAAUCGACAUUUAUGAAAGGCUGCCAGUACCCUUCGGAUUAGUACGCUUCGGAGUGGCCCCCGACCAUCCAGAUGUAAAAAACGUCAUUCAUACCUUUACAAAGACAGCGAAAAACCCGAAUGUUCGAUUUAUUGGCAAUGUUAACUUAGGUACCGACGUGUCAUUGGAGCAACUGCGCAAAUUUUACCAUGUAGUCGUAUUGGCCUACGGGGCGGACGAAAAUCGCACGUUAAAUGUAAAGGGCGAAACCCUCGCCAACGUGAUACCGGCCAGACAAAUUGUUGGGUGGUAUAACGGCUUACCUUGGAAUUCUGACCUAAAUAUUAACCUCGAUGGGGAAACUGCCGUUAUUAUUGGUCAGGGCAAUGUCGCGAUAGAUGUCGCGCGAAUUUUAAUGACGCCAAUAGACGAGUUAAGGAAAACCGACAUAACGUCUUUUGCCCUUGAACAAAUUUCAAGAUCAAAAAUCAAAAAGUUUUACUUAAUCGGAAGGAGGGGUCCUCUACAGGCCGCGUUUACUAUCAAAGAACUGAGGGAAAUGCUUAAACUUGGAGGCUGUUCUACUGUUUGGAGGAAAGAAGACUUUGAAGGAGUGGCGGCACACAUUCCAAAUCUGCCGCGACCCAAAAAACGCAUUACGGAAUUAAUGCUGAAGUCGCUGGAAGAGCAAAAGCCGCCGUCUGGCAAAAUAUUUAAUCCGGUAUUUUUACGAUCGCCGUUAGAGUUUCGAGGGAAUAAUAAAGUUGAAGGGGUAGUUCUAGGUGUUAAUGAAUUAGAAGGUGAGGACAUGUUGAAUCGUAAAGCAGUCCUGACUAAGGAAACGGAAAACCUAAAGUGUGAUUUGGGGAUUACGAGCAUAGGUUAUAAAUCAGUCCAAGCAGAUCCGACACUUCCAUUUGACAAUUCCAGAGGCGUGGUCCUAAAUACCAAUAGCCGAGUGGAUAAAGGUCUGUAUGUUGCAGGAUGGCUCGGCACGGGCCCCGUGGGGGUAAUUCUUACCACCAUGAGUAACGCAUUUGGGGUAGCAGAAAUUGUUGUAAACGACAUUCACAAACAGAAGCUUGAUGAAGUAUCCAAACCUGGUUUUGAAGAGGCCAAGAAAAUACUAGACAAGAAGGGUGUAGAAGCCAUUGAUUGGUUUGGUUGGGAGAAAAUUGAUAAAUGUGAGGUAAAUGAAGGAAAAAAAGUUGGCAAACCCAGAGAAAAAAUAGUUGACAUAAGAAAAAUGAUACAAAUCGCACAAUCAUAA